AUGUUAUUCGCCCUAAAAAUAUUAACAGCUUAUUUGCCAACUUGUUUUUUACAACAACGUUUUAGACGUGCAAUGGUUUUUGCGUUAAACCACAGUUGUGAUCUACAAAACUACAAGGCAAUUAAUUCGAAUUUUUUGCUUGCCAUAAUGCGAUCUCGAACAUCGAAUAGUCAAAGUGGGUGGCACUAUUUAUUGGGUAGCCGAAGACCUGAAACUUUAGUUGAGUUUUAA